UCCGGAAGUGACGUGCUGCCCCGCUGGCUGUGCGGAAGUGGAGAUGGCGGAGCUGUACGUUAAGCCGGGCAACAAGGAGCGCGGUUGGAACGACCCACCGCAGUUCUCCUACGGGCUGCAGACACAGGCCGGUGGACCCAAGCGCGCUCCGCUGACCAAGAGGGUCGCCGCUCCCCAAGAUGGAGCCCCUAGAGUCCCCACCUCAGAGAUUUCUCCUGGGGCCCCCCCAAUGGGGCCACUUCCUCCUUCAAGUAUGGCUUCCAGGCCCCCAGCUAUGGGGAGUCGUCCUGCUUCCACUGUGGACUCCACAGAUUUCCCAGUCAUUGAGUGUGAGACUCUGCUGGAAGAUGUGCUGAGACCUCUGGAACAGGCAUUGGAGGAUUGCCGUGGCCACACAAAAAAGCAGGUAUGUGAUGACAUCAGCCGACGCCUGGUUCUGCUGCAGGAACAGUGGGCUGAAGGGAAGCUGUCAAUGCCUGUAAAGAAGAGGAUGGCUCUGCUGGUGCAAGAGCUUUCAAGCCACCAGUGGGAUGCAGCAGAUGACAUCCACCGCUCUCUCAUGGUUGACCAUGUGACUGAAGUCAGCCAGUGGAUGGUGGGAGUUAAAAGAUUAAUUGCAGAAAAGAGGAGUCUGUCUUCAGAGGAGGAAACUAAUGAAGAGAAAUCUGCAGCCACAGCUGAAGAGAACCAGACCAAACCAGGUGUCCAACAGGAUCCAUAAUCCUGUGGGUUCCCCAGACUCACCUCAUAACAUCUCCUAUGCCUUGGCAUGGGAGGCCUUGUUUCACUUGGCUUGUUCUUAGCACUUGGGAGACUAUCUGCCCUGUUGGGGUUCUUGGCCUGACCCACCGCUUAGGGAAGAGAUCUCAUCUGGGCCACAGGGAAGUCACUUGUUACCUCUAACAUAUGCUUUUCAAUAAAAACAUCUAAAUGGUGGGCCCUGGGUAAGAGAGAAACCUUUCUUAUGCCAAACUGGUCACUUUUGGUGCCCUUGACUACCCUGCUCUCUGUGUACCCUACAAACCUCUGUUUUUCCUCUAUUCAUUAUGAAUGGCCUUACUAGGCAUGACCAGAUUACUACCUGCUAUUUUCCCCCAAAUUAGAACUAAAUACACAUCCCUUGCUGGGCUAAAUAACUCUAUCUUUGUAUGAUUUCAUUUCAGCAUGAGAACAGAGGUUCAACAGCAUGGGGAGAAUUUCCCCUCAAGAAAAGGAGAUUGCCUUGUUUGCACUGUAUCACCCUUGAGGUAUGCAAGUGCUCUGAAGAUUAGAAUCAGAUAUUAAAACAUAGCUGAAUAAAUUGGAGGAAAAAAGGCCAGAUUGCUGAGAUAUGGGACCAUGACUAUUUUUUCUUGGAAGUGG